CCCGCACACUGACCUCUUCUUCCGUACUGACCAUCCUCUCUCUCCCUCUCCCUCUCCCUCUCCCUCUCCCUAAUAGUCACUCACUAUCCACUACCCUCGAGCUCCGAGAGGCUUCUUACCCGGAAGAGAGAGAGAGACGUUGUAGAGCUAGCAUUUUGCGUGGAGAUAAUUGUUGCAAUCUGCAACUAAAGAGUGAAGAGUGAGAGGACCAAGGGGGAAGAUAAAGAGGUGUUAGAGAUGGAGAGUAGAUUUGUUGGAGAGCAUAUGGAGAGAGGAUUCAGACUCAUAUUUGCAAUUUCUCUGUUGCUAAUGCAUCUGGGUAUCUGCACCGGAAGCACUAUUGGAGUAUGCUAUGGAAGAAAUGCCGAUGACCUUCCCACCCCUGAUAAAGUAGCACAACUGGUUCAACUUCACAACAUCAAACAUGUGAGGAUAUAUGACUAUAAUAUCCAGGUUCUUAAGGCCUUUGCAAACACUGGAGUCGAGCUCAUGAUUGGGAUUUCAAAUUUAGACUUGUUGCCAUUCUCCCAGUUCCAAUCCAAUGCAGACACCUGGUUAAAAAACAGCAUCCUCCCAUACUAUCCAGCAACAAAGAUCACAUACGUAACUGUUGGGGCCGAAGUCACAGAGGCCCCUAAUAAUGUUUCUGCCUUGGUAGUACCUGCAAUGCAAAAUAUUCACACCGCUCUGAGAAAAGCUGGUUUGGAUAAGAAGAUCAAAGUUUCCAGUACCCAUUCCCUAGGCAUUUUGUCUCGAUCAUUUCCGCCUUCAGCAGGUGCUUUUAACAGUAGCCAUGCGUUCUUUCUGAAACCCAUGCUGGAAUUUCUUGCUGACAACCAGUCACCUUUCAUGGUUGAUAUAUAUCCAUACUAUGCGUAUAGAGAUUCCUCAAGCAAUGUGUCCUUAGACUAUGCUCUGUUUGAGUCAUCCUCUGAAGUUAUUGACCAAAAUACUGGUUUGCUUUACACAAAUAUGUUUGAUGCCCAGAUUGAUGCUAUUUAUUUUGCUCUGAUGGCUUUAAAUUUCAGAACAAUUAAAGUCAUGGUAACUGAAACAGGCUGGCCUUCCAAAGGGUCAGCCAAGGAGACAGCUGCAACUCCAGAUAACGCCCAGACUUACAACAGCAAUCUGAUUCGCCAUGUCAUCAAUGAUACAGGUUCUCCGGCAAAGCCUGGAGAGGAGCUAGAUGUUUAUAUUUUUUCUUUGUUCAACGAGAACAGAAAGCCUGGGUUGGAAUCCGAGAGGAACUGGGGGUUAUUUUAUCCUGACCAGACAAGUGUCUAUAGCCUUGAUAUCACUGGAAGAGGUCCUGUGGACACGACUACAGAGGCAAACAUCACUAGUUCAAAUGGAACUUGGUGCGUUGCGUCAUCUACAGCUUCUGAAGCUGACCUACAGAAAGCCCUUGAUUGGGCUUGUGGUGCUGGGAGUGUGGACUGUUCUGCCAUUCAGCCUAGCCAGCUUUGCUUUCAGCCAGACAACCUUUUAUCACAUUCGUCUUAUGCAUUCAACAGUUAUUAUCAACAAAAUGGAGCUAGUGAUGUUGCUUGCAGCUUUGGAGGAACAGGGGUUAGAACAAAUAAGAAUCCAAGCUAUGACAAGUGCUUUUAUAUGACAGCAGGGAACAACAAAACUGCUGCAAGUAAUGUGACCGCAAUUCCUUCAAAAUCAUUGUCGUCCAUAAUAAAAGUUUCUGUGUGGAUUCCUAGUUUCCUACUGAUCACUUGCAUUUUUCUGAAUCUGGGCCAUGUCUAGAAGGAAUUUGAUUUUGGGAAUGAAACUAAAGAAAAGAGGGGGGGGGGGGGGGG